CUGAAGAUUGUGCUGUGUCUGCUCCAAGUGUCAGAUCCCUGUUCCCCCUCACCUGCUCAUCCUGAGGACUGCAGCAAGCCUCUGGCAUGGAGGGGUGGGGAUGCCAGGAGGAUCCUGCAGAGUAUUGUGCAGGAGGCUACUACCCCGUGCAGAAGGGAGACACAUUCAGUGGAAGAUACCAGGUGGUGCACAAGCUGGGCUGUGGCUACUUCUCUACAGUCUGGUUGUGUCGGGACAUGGUAGAGAAGAGGCGUGUAGCUGUGAAGGUGGCCAAGGGUGGGGAGAGCUUUGCUGAGGCUGCUCAGGAUGAAAUCUCUCUCCUCCAGUGUGUGAGCAGCAUGAAGAAGAAGGACCGGGCAGGGGAGAAUAUUGUCCAUUGUUUAGAUGACUUUAAAAUGAUUGGAGCAAAUGGCUUCCAUGUGUGCUUGGUAUUUGAAUUGCUGGGUCCUUCUCUGCGAUGUCUGCUGAGGAGCCAUGGAGCCCAGGGUCUCCCCUUGCCCUUUGUGAAAAAAGCCUUACAGCAGGUACUGGCAGGGCUGCAGUUCCUGCAUACAAAUUGUCAGAUUAUCCAUACAGACAUCAAGCCAGAGAACAUCUUGCUGCAGUUGGACGAGGAGAGUCUCCAGAAGCUUUUGCAUGACACAGCUGCCUGGAACCAAAGCAUAAAUCUGGGCCUAAAGAAACCAGGAAUUCUUGCCGAUCAAUUGGAUCAUUGCAAUAUAAUGAAAAUGGGAGUGAAAAUUGCAGACCUAGGCAGCGCAUGCUGGACCUACAAGCCCCUUUCCAAAGAGAUCCAGACCCAGCCAUAUCGAGCCCUGGAAGUUCUUCUUGGGUUAGAUUACAGCACUCCUGCAGAUAUCUGGAGCACAGCCUGCCUGGCAUUUGAAAUGGUGACCGGCAAGUGCCUUUUUGAACCCCAGGCUGGGAAAUAUUUCUCCAGAGAUGAUGAUCACAUUGCACGUAUCAUUGAACUCCUGGGAAGAAUUCCUCCUAAAAUUAUUUUCUCCUGGAAACAGUCAUCAAAAUUCUUCAGCAGACAAGGUGUGUGGGCGUGGCCGGAAUCACAUGGGAGCGAGGAAGAAAUCGGAUUGGCCGGACCAUGCCGGCCACAGCCAAUAGGAGAGUGGAGCGGCUGCAGGUCGCGCGGUAGGAUGGAGGCGGAUGAGGCGUUGCUGUCGCCGCUGCGGGAGCUGGGGGUGCCUGAGGCGGCGGCGCGCCGGGCGCUGGCCUUGACUGGAAAUGUGUCCGCGGAGGCGGCGGCGCAGCUCUACUUCGGCAGCCUGGAGACGCAGGAACAGGUGGAUGGCGGCGGCUGCUACAAGAUGGUGUUUGUGGUGAACACGGAGCUCGCCAUGGGCGUCGGGAAGAUAGCAGCCCAGGUCGGACACGCAGCUGUUGGCCUGUACCAGUUAAUACAAGAAAAAUCCACUGGGAGGAAGAUGAUCUGUCAGUGGGAUGAAUAUGGUGCGAAGAAGGUUGUAGUUCAAGGAUCAAACACUGCCCACCUCAUGGAUCUGCAAGCAUUGGCUUUGAGCCUGGAGCUGCCAACGUACCUGGUGCAGGAUGCAGGGAGAACACAGGUUCCAACUGGAUCAUACACUGUCCUUGCAAUUAUCGGAGAAGAAGAAAUAGUGAAUCAGGUGACUGGGAAGCUGAGGCUGUUGAACUGAGAGCAGCACCAAAGCCUAUUAUUUUAUGCUGUACCUGACUACAUGCCGUGGAAUUUGAAAGCAAUCUAUAUGCAAUGUGGAGAAAGAAGCACCUGUUAACAGCAUCUCAGAUCCUUCAGAGUCAUGGGAACCAGACAGCUACUCUCUUUUCUGCCUGCUGAAGCUGCAGGGGAGCCUGGUACUAGGGUGAGGAGGCAGCACUUUUCCUUUCAUUUGAGGAAGUCUGUCUUGCUAGACCAGGACUGUGAGAGGUAGUAUUGCUGAUCUACUGCAGGUGGAUUAGAGAGACUGCUGCACAUUUCUACCUCUAGCUUCCCUAGAAAUUGUCUUGAAAAAUAAGGCUUGUAUUUUCUGAAACAUGCUUAUGAACAAGAUGAAAUUCUGACAGAUA